AUGGACGUGUUCCGGCAGCUCACGGAGAAGGGGACGUGGGCCACGGUGCUGCAAAGGCACGAGACGAAUCGCAAGGAGAUCGAAUCCGUGGGAGGGUUUCUGGUGAAGGGCGACGCGCUGAACGCGAAGGAUGUCGAAAAGGCGAUGAACCAGAGCGAUGAGUACGACGCGGUCGUGAGCACGAUCGGAGGGACGCCCGCGGAGCCUCGGGCGGAUAGCGAGGCGAACAUCGCGCUGAUCGAUGCGGCGGCGGCGAAGGGCGUCGGGAAGUUUGUGCUCGUGACGAGCAUCGGAACGGGCGAUAGCGCGGACGCGCCGCCGCCGAAUGUGUUCGACGCGUUGAAGCCGGUGUUGAUCGAGAAGGCGAAGGCUGAAGAGCACUUGAAGGUGGUGAGCGCGAAGACGGGGAUGGCGUACGUGAUUGUGCGACCGGGUGGCUUGAAGAGCGAACCGGCGACGGGGACGGCGGUGCUCACCGAGGACAAGAGCAUCUGCGGCGCUAUUCAUCGCGAAGACGUCGCGGAUUUGGUCAUCAAGUGCGUGUUGAAGGAAAAGGCGAAUGGGAAGGUGUUGUCUUGCGUGGACAAGGCGCAACUGUUCGACCAACCGGAUUUCACCCCGUUCGAAGUCUAA